AUGCUCCAUGUGUUUAACCCGCUUCGCAAAUCUGGCAGUGACACCUGCCUUUCACCUGAUAACCCUCAACAUUGGAAACGUGUAGCAAUCCGAAGACCCCCUCCUGCUGACAUCCCUGACUCAUCCUCCCAAAAAGGUCCCGCUUUACCCGUCCCGGAAGUGCGGGUGGAACGUUCCUUUAGUGCCGGUAACUUGGUUUGUGAUAGUGAUGAAGAGGAAGGGGCGGAUGGAAGAACUCUGGGGGUGCCCGGAUCCAUGUGGAGGACACGGAGUGAAUCUCAUUUAGACACGGGAGGCAGGGCAGAGCCUCUGGGGGAAAAGAACAAGUCUAGCAGUGGAUGGAGCCUACCGUCACCGAAGACCUUGAGGAAGAAGAGAAAGGCAGCAAAAGUUACAGCAGCAAAACAAAAUCUUCUUUCGUUUUUUAUGGGAUCCUUUAAGUCGCUGGCCUCAAGUGUGGAGACAGAUAUAGGAUCCGUCUGUGAAACUGACAGAGCGCCAAGGCACAAAAAGAAGGAACAGAAGCACAAAAGAAGCCAUUUGUCUCUGUUCCGACUGUGGCCAUCUCAUUCAUCUCAUAUUACACGGCCCAGCGUAGAAGACGUCCAGAGCUGGGGGCAGUCCCUUGACAUCCUGCUUGCUCAUCCAUAUGGGCGAGCUCUCUUUCGGGUAUUCCUGCAGUCAGAGUUCAGCGAUGAAAACCUGGAUUUUUGGUUGGCCUGUGAAGAGUACCGGGAUACGCACCCCCAUUUUAUCCUCAACAGCCGAGCGCGCGCAAAAUCUAUCAACACUACAUCGCGUUUCAGGCCCCAAAAGAGGUCAAUCUGGAUGCCAGCACGAGGGAGCUAACUGAACACAACCUACUAGUCCCCACACGCUCAACAUUUGACGAAGCUCAACGCAGAAUUUACGGCCUGAUGGAACGCGAUUCCUACCCACGAUUUCUUCGUUGCGAUCUCUACCAGAGUAUGCUCCAUCCACCCAAUGGAGCCUGCUGA